CAUGGCAGCUCCCACAUGCACAACGCUGCCAUGAUCAUCGCUAUGAUUACCCCUGGCACGAUUUAAGCAGGAUUACCUCUGAAACGAACACCAUCUGAAAUCUGAAACCAUCUGGCACGAUGAUCAAUGCGAGUAGAAUAACAUUUGGUUUUCCUCCUGUCUCCUUAUGUUUAUCACGUGUAUUUGCAAAUUCCUCCUUGAAAAUUUUCGUGCAAAGUGAUAAUAAUACUCCUAUCUUUGUAAGAAGAAGGAAUGUGCGGUUGCAAAAGAGAAAUUGUUCAAAAUAUGGCAGACACGACAUAAAAGAAUUGCCUAGAAGAAAAUUUAACAUUGACAGAAAAGGAUUGGGGCAGGUGUCAAGACCUGAUUUUUUUAGGAAUGAUCACCAGUAUGACAUGAAUCCAGUUCAUUAUAACACAGAUAUGAGGAAAAGAAAACAAGAUAUACCUGUAAUAAGAUCUCCUCUCAAGCCUUGGCAUGAGGGAGAUCCAGAUGAAACCAGUGAUAAGAAGGUUGAAAACGAGGUUACAGGGGCUGUAACACAUUCAUUUGAAAGACAAAAUGCGAGGGGUCAGUGGAGACCAGGAGUACAUGAACAAAAAAACAACAGCAGACCUAGAUUUAUAAGCAAGAGGCAAAUUAAAAACCUCAAUGUCUUUGACAUGCCAGAAAAAGCUAAAUCUGAAAUAAUUUCAAGGACAAUAUCACCAAAGAUAAGAGGCACCUGUCUGUUUGGAUUAUAUCCUGUUUUACUGGCUUUGCAGCAAGGAAGAAGGAAACUUUUCCACAAGUUCUAUAUGAAGGAUGACCUGAUUGACUCUGACAGGGAAAUUAUUAAACAGCUAUUAGAGGCUGCUGCAAUGAGGAACUUAACCAUUGUUCCAACUAGCAACGGAAUACUAGAUGUCUUGUCUAACUUUAGACCACACCAGGGUGUAUGUCUAGAUUGUGAUAUGCUGCUCUUUGAACCACUGGAUUUUGCACAGCUAAGACAGCAAGAAUUUACUCAUCAUCAAGUCUGGCUGUUACUGAAUCAAAUUGUGGAUACCAUGAAUAUGGGAGGAAUCAUAAGAACAGCAUACUAUCUUGGGAUUGACAAAAUCUUGUCUUCACAGUUUGGUUGUAAAUUGACACCCACAGCAAGUAAAACAAGUGCAGGAACUUUGGAAAUUACACCUGUGUAUGGGGUAGAGGAUGUACCAGUUUUCCUAAACGAGGCCAGAGAUGCUAACUGGGCAGUGAUAGGGACUUGUACUACUGGUAUUGGUCAAGUUGAGGAACAGCUUGUGUCUGACCAGCAGCAUAUGCCUCUACAUGAAUUUACCCUUGAUAAAAAUACUGUUAUUAUCAUGGGUAAUGAGGCCAAAGGCUUACCUGAAGAUGUUGAAAAACUUUGUACCACAAUUCUCAGUGUUCCACCAGGCAAAGAGCUAAAUCCAUUGGUUGAUUCUCUUAAUGUUUCAGUGGUUACAGGAAUAAUCCUCUACACCAUUAUGCAGUCAAGGUUGAAAAUGGCCUGAUAAGAAGUGUGAGGGAUUAAGCUUUACUAUCAGAAAUGGCAUCAGCAUUUUAAUCUUUCUUUAAGGGAUCGUGAUACUGAAAGCUCCUUUCCAAUUUACACAGCAGUGAUUUCAAAAUGAAAAUUAUUGACUGCUGAAUUAAGUCUUUAUUUUCAAUGAGUCAUACCUCGUAAAUGCAGUUAACUUGCAGUUACCAAAAAUAGACUUAUAAAUAUAUCACCACAUAAUUCAAACAACUGUGCUUGUGAAGUGAUCAAUAAAUAUUUGAUUUAGAAAGCUUUUGAUUGGGUGUCACAAGACAUAUAUUUACGUUUUACAGGUGUAAUUAAGACAGGACAUAAUAAUUUGAUAUUUCAGAGUCUCAUUUAGUUCCACUAUAUCAGUUGUUGCAUUUCCUCUGCUCUGAUAUUUAAAAUUGUUAUACAUAAAUGAAAUAGUCAACAAGGAUCAUAGUGCUAAAUAAGGCAUAGCCCAAGAGCCCAAUAUAAACAAUGUUUUGCCAUUCUUGCGUCAACGCCCAGUCCUGUGCUUGCUUCGGCAGGACAACGCCCAUGCCCAUACAGCCAAGAUACAUGUAGCACAGGUGUGUUUGCAGCAUUAGCUCGCACAUCCAUUCUCUUCAGUGGUCAGCGUUUAGACCAAACAUGUCUCACAUUGAGAAUGCCUAGGACGAACUGGGCAGACGACUUCAUAACCGCCAGCCACAGUCUUCCUUCGUCAUAGAGUUGAGAGCUGCACUGGUGGAAGAAAAGAGAAUGCCCCAGGUCCGCAUUCGAGGUCUUGUACAGUCCGUGCAUGAGAAGUAGGUUACUGGCCUGUAUUGCAGCCAGGGGAAGCCGCACACAUUACUGAGCAAUAAACUACCAUUUA